AGUGAGUGCUCUCCACUUCACUACUGCAAACUGUACUUCAUCAGAUUCAACCCAAUGUUACAUGGCCUUGAUUCCAGGAGAGAGCAUAUGUUGACAUUUCAGGACCUGCUCACAACAGGGUGUGAAUCUCAUGUGUCUGCCAUGUUGGCACAAGUGCCAUAGGAUUGCCUCUUUGAAUAUAUGUUCCUCUGGCACAAUAGCACAUUCUUCAGCAAAAAGGAUAUCCAUGAGGUGUCAUCCAAAUGCAAAUCAACAACAUCCCUGGACACCCCUGUUCACACACCCAGACACCUCAUGGAUGUUAACGUCCAGGUAGAUGUGGACAUCCUUAUCUCAAGAAUUGUCCAUGCAUGUAGCCAAUGAAAAUUUCCCCAUGCAAUAGAAGGAUAUUGUUGUAUCUGUAAAGAUGUUUUUUAAUACCAUUUUUCUGUUCACAGUAGUUUCUAUUGUUUAUCAUGGAUAUCUUCCCAAAGAUAUUUUGGCAAUUAAUCUGUAAUUAUAAAUUAUCUAUUUGAUGUCCAUAUCAUCUUUCUGACACCAGAACUUCAUUAUGUACAUUAUUUAUUCAGCAGGUAUUUUACUGUCUAUGGUGAUUAGUGAAUCAAAUGUUAAUCGAAAAAUACUAAAAUGUUCUUUUAAAUCAUAAUUAGUGCACAACCUUUAUGCCUUGAUGAAUCGAGAAUUUUGUUUUGAAGAAUGUUGACAGUUUACCCUCAUUAUUUAUCUAUAACUAAUUUGUUGAUGCGACAUGAUAUCUUUUUUUUUUUGUCUAUUGGUAUCAGGCCAUAUUCGUGCUCAAGGCUUGAUAUUCAGUCAAGUCAGCAUUAAACAUCGCUUGAUGCUCCUUUCUUUCUUUCCUUUUUUUUUUUUUUCGUCUCUCCAUGACUGAAUGACACAUGCAUUUCACUCAAUUUUUUUAUACAGUUGUGAAGGGAGGUGUUUGAGGUCCUUCCAUGCAACUAAAGAUGCUGGUGCUGACUCAGCCUGUAAAUCUCUUGGCAUGUCUAAGGCUCAAGUGAAAGCAAUUCAAAACUUAUUGUGCGCAAAUUGCCAAUACAAAUGGAAUCAGUGUUUUUUUUUUUUUGUGGCAAGUUGGGCUCUUCCGAUAAAUCCAGCAAUGCUGAGGUUUUCCCGUGUUUCUGCAACGUGUGGCCACUUCUAUCGUCCAGAAUGUGUUACAAAAUUACUUCAUCCAGGAAAUGAUGCUGAAGCGGAAGAGCAUAAAAAGGAGAUAGUUGCUGGAGAACCCUUUACUUGCCCUGUUCAUAAAUGCCUUGUAUGUAAACAAGGAGAAAACAAGGAGGUUGAGGGUUGCAAUUUGCUCUAUGCAGACGCUGUAAUGAUUUGAUUGCUAUUUGUAAUAUGAAUGUAGGAUGCAUUAUAUGAUU